AAUUGUCAGUAUGCAUGAAACAAUCCUGAAGCUAAUGGCCGAGAACAAUCAACUGUCGGAUGAGCUUCAUGAGGCAGUAGUUCACUCAGUCACGCAACUUUCGAGGCCAAUCUCAAAGGAGGAAUGACAACGUUCCAUGGUUAAGGACCUUAAAGCGAAGGUGCGGAAAGGAACAAAAAAUGAUAAUUAUGUGUACCCCAGUAAACGACAAAGACGCAUGACCAGAUCGGUUAAGUCUGAUCAAGAAGUGGGGAAUGAAGGUGUGGUUGACGUUGACAAUAUCAUCCUAGGUCCGAAACAAGUUUUUAAGAAGCCUGAUCCAAUAAGGGGUCUCAGAACGAAUAAGGUACAUCGUCAUAUGCUGAAGGAGGACAAAGAUAAGCUAACCCAGAUUUGGACAGAAGCAUAUAACAACUCGUGCAUCUGGACCGGUUCAGAAUUAGGGAGUAACAUUUGGGUUGAAGAUAUCAGGCAAUUGAUUGAAGAAUCUGCCCUAUCCGGCAAUGUUAUUGAUGCGUAUGCCGAGGUACUUUUUUUGGAGCAGCAGAGGAGAGCCAGUGACAUACAAGGUGAUGGGACCCAACUGAUGUCGUACGUAUUCAGCUGGACCUUCUUGUGA